UGGAAUUUAGCUAAAAAAUAAAAAACCUAUUAAAUGCAUAGUGAUAGCUGGCUGCACAUUUAAUUUGCAUGGUACGAUUUGUCGUUUACUUAUCAUCGAAUCGAACAGUGAACAGUACAAUAGUUGAUCAAAGUUGUGGCUGCUUCUGCCUUUAUGCGGCCUGCUUUCUCUUGUUAUUGAUUACCUCACCAAUUUCAUAAUAACUAUCGUCUUCCCAUUUUGUUUGACGUGGCUAAAAGGACCACCAUACGUUCAAGCUCUUCUGAUAUCUCUAUCACAACUAUUGCUUCAAUAAAUCAAAGCCUAGUCGCCAGUAGCAAGUUCCGAUCCUCAAUAGUCAUAAUUUACGUAAUCGUAUUAUGAUAUUAUGGAGGAGGCUAUAGUUUUGUUCCCACCUCCAGGCGUGCACAGCCACUUGGUCCCGAUGAUAGAGCUCGCCAACCUCAUCCUCACUCACCACCCCACCUUCUCCAUCACAAUCUUCCUCCUCAAACCGCCACCAAACUCCUCCAACCAAUACCUCGCCGCCGCCGCCGCCGCCACCAAAAGCAUCACGUUACACGCAUUCCCUCCCAUCCCCGACCAUGACAUCCCUCCAAACCUUUCCCCUCUCGAGCUGCUUUUUGAGCUCCCUCGUCUCCACAGCUCUAAUAUCCGCAAAACCCUACAAGCACUCUCCGAGAAAACCAAACUCAAAGCCUUUAUCAUCGACUUCUUUUGCUACGGAGCGUUAGAAGUCUCUAAAAGUCUCAGCAUUCCCACGUACUAUUUCUUCACCACAAGUGGAAGCGGUCUCAACUUUUUCCUUUACUUGCCCACUCUAGACCGCGAGAGCGGGAAGAGCUUCAAAGACAUGGAGUCUCCCGUGUCUGCCCCGGGCUUGCCCCCCAUUCCGACGCCGGAUAUUCCGUCGACGCUUCAGGAUCGGACGGCUAGGAUCUUCAAGUACUUCUUCGAAACCGCGAUCCACAUGGCGGAGUCGAGCGGGAUCAUCGUCAACACUUUUGAGUCCUUGGAAGAGACUUCUCUGAAAGCGUUACGCGACGGGCUUUGCGUGCCGGAGAAACCAACUCCGCCGAUAUUCUACGUCGGACCAAUCGUUUUGAAGAGUUCAGAUAAUGGAGAUGGCGGUAAACAAGAGUACUGUCUGAGUUGGCUUGACCAGCAACCUAGUAAUAGCGUUGUUUUCUUGUGUUUCGGAAGCAUGGGAUUGUUCUCGGCGAAGCAGUUGUUUGAAAUGGCGGUGGGUUUGGAGAAGAGUGGACAGAGAUUCUUGUGGGUGGUGAGGGACCCACCCGGAGAUGGUGAUCAAGAAAGGAGCUUGGAUGAGGUACUACCCAAGGGAUUUCUGGAGAGGACGAAGGAGAGGGGACUGGUGGUGAGGAAAUGGGCCCCGCAGGUGAAGAUACUGAGUCAUGACUCGGUGGGUGGGUUUGUAACUCACUGCGGGUGGAGCUCGGUGCUGGAAUCGAUCUGUGCUGGGGUUCCGAUGGUGGCUUGGCCGCUCUACGCGGAGCAGAGACUGAACAGGGUGUUCCUUGUGGAGGAGAUGAGGAUUGCUUUGGCGCUGAACGAUUCGGGAGAUGGCGGGUUGGUGAGUGGGGCCGAGUUGGAGGAGCGAGUCAGAGAGUUGAUGGGCUCCGAGUCGGAGAGAGGGAGGGAAGUGAGGGAGAGGGUUUUGAUGAUGAGAGACGCUGCCGUGAAUGCGAUGGGCAGUGGUGGGUCCUCUCGCCUUGCGUUGACUAAGUUGACUGAGCAGUGGAAGAAAAACUCAGCUUUGAUCAAUUAAGAGGACAUUGUAUUUUAAGUUUAUUAAAAAACAUAUAUAUACCAUGUAUUUAUAUGUUUUUGAGAUUGUAGCUCUGAAUUCUACAUUCGGGACAAAAUUUCCCCAUGUUUGAUUCAACUAUUUCAACCAAAACAUUUAAUUC